AUGCGCGAGAAGCGGGGAUAUGUUUGCGAUACUUGUGGGAAAGCGUAUAAGAGGAGCGAGCACUGUAUCCGCCAUCAACGCAGUCACACCAACGAAAAGCCAUUCAAGUGCAAAUUCUGCCAUCGCCGUUAUGCGCGAAAAGAUCUCGUCGUUCGUCAUGAGAAAACUCUCCACAACCCCGUCACCCGCCCGCAACCCUCCGUUAAUGAUCGCAGUCAUUCCAUAGCCUCG